AUGGCAUUGGGUUUAAUACUGGGGAUAGGAAGGGCAUUUCGAAGAAAGAGAACGUCGUCGUUGGAUAUUCUGUCGUCAAAACGCGCUCCUCGUGAUUAUUAUAAGGGAAAGAAUUGCAAGCCUACUGGUUUUCACACUCGCAAAGGUGGCUACGUUAUUGUACCCGAGAAAUUGCCGAACUAUGUUGUACCUGAUUUGACUGACUUCAAGGUAACUUUUCUCCACCCAUCUCUGAAGAAUUACCGGAGAACGACGAAUCCAAAGAGGGUUUAGGGGUUUUCUCCUCUGCAGUUUGCUCGUUGAAUAGAGAAGAAGACGGACUGGCCCAAAUACGGCUUCAAAUUGGCCCAAAACCCAAAUACUGAAUUUAGGCCUAUACGUGGGCUUCUCAAGUUGUGUUAAGAAUUUCUCUUUUAAAAAAAAAAAUCUCAA